AUGGCGGCUUUAGAGGGAGUCAACUUUGUUCGAAUCUUCUUCUACCUUAAUAGCAAUAUCAGCCCCGAAGUGAAGGCAUCGCUGGUAGCCCUAGCCUACGCGACAGCUCGAGACAAAUUCCUGGCGCCUAAGGCAAUAUUGAUUCGGUCUGGGUUACACAAUACCACUACCCGUAUGGGCAAGCAUGUCAUAGAUCCUCAAGGCUGGCACGGGACUUUCGCCUUCAAGACUGAGGGUCAACUCGAACGUGAAUACCAUGUGGCGUCUAGGAAUUGCUCCGGGGGACAAUUUUUCCAGCCAAUCCUUAACCGCUACUUGCGACGCGAGCCUGGGAUCCAAAACAAGCCAUAUUCGCUCGAAGUUCGGACAACACGCGAUAUGAACCAGUGUCAAAAAAUGACGCGGAAUCUUCUUAACAUUCUCACGCGUCCCUUCAAGGCGUUUCGCCAGUCGCCCUGGGCAUUAUCGUCCGCCCUUCCAUCCCGAAUCGACGCGUCCUUGCUGGUUGAAGAGGAGAACUCCCCCUACUACGAACCAGCCUAUUUUUAUCCGGCGCGGAUCGGUGAAAUACUUAAUGACCGGUAUCAAAUUGCGACCAAGCUUGGCCACGGAAGCAGAUCGAGUGUAUGGCUUGCAAGGGACCUUCACCAGUGGCGCUGGUCGAACGAGCGAUAUCUGGCUCUUAAAAUUAACUCUAAUAAUUCCCACGCAAGGAAAGCUGCUGGUGACGUUGAGCUAGAGGUUCUACAGCUUAUAACGAGAGCGAACCGUCAACAUGAGGGCUGGCGUUUCGUUCGAAAAUUACUUGACUCUUUUUCUGUCCAGGGAAUCUCAGGGAGUCAUGUAUGUCUCGUCUUCGAGCCUUUACCGCUUGAUUAUCUCCACACUGAAUGUCAUAUCAUUCAUACCGACUUAAAGCCGGAUAAUAUCAUGGUACAACUGGAAGAUCAUGGGCUCUUAUCCCAGGAUGCUCGAGAUGAGUUUGAAAACCCACUACCUCAGAAGCAUUGUAAUGAUGGACGUAUCAUCUAUCUAUCCCGGAAGGACUAUGGACCGCUGAAGAAAAUCAUCGGGCUGAUUGAAGUCGUCGACUUUGAUCUAGCAGUCCAAGGUGAUAUUCUUCAAGAUGGCUGUAUCCAGGCGGAGGUAUAUCGUGCGCCAGAGGUCAUUUUUGACAGAGGGUAUACGUAUAGUGCUGAUAUAUGGAGCCUGGGAGUUAUGCUAUGGGAUUUUCUAGAAGGACGAACACUGUUUGAAUCAGUUGAUCCACACAUCGUUGAAGACUAUGAUGACGCAACGCAUCUUGCGUAUAUAACGUCGCUUUUGGGUCCUGCCCCUAAAGACUUUGUUCGCCGCGGCAAGAGGACAUCGAUAUUCUAUACGGCUGCUGGAACACUCAAAAGAGAAGACCUUGUGCCUAGUAACUUUAGCUUUGAAAGCAGCAUCUCCAAGUUUAAUGGGGAAGAAAAGAGGAUGUAUAUUAAGUUCGUCAACCGGAUGAUCAAAUGGAACCCCGAAGAGCGAAGUACGGCGAAGGAGCUACUGCAGGAUCCAUGGCUUCACAAUGAUUAUCCGCAAAUAUAG